AUGUCUGUGUACGUCAUUACCGGAGUGUCGAGGGGAAUCGGCUUUGAAUUCGUCAAGCAGUUCUCGGAAGACUCGAACAACCUAAUUGUCGGCCUGGUCCGCGACAAGGCCACGACUGAGAAGAAGGUGGCAGCAGAGCUAGGCGACCGUUCUAAUGUCCACAUCCUCCAUGCAGACCUCACCAACUACGCUAGCCUAAAGCAAGCCGCUGCUGACACUGCUGAGAUUGUUGGCGAGCGCGGUAUCGACUACCUGGUUGCCAACGGAGGCAUUGUGCCCUACUUGGACGGCUUUGGACCCAUUGGCGCAUUGUACGUCUACUUUCCUCUAGUUACUGUCUGGUUUGUGGCUAACGCCGACCUUGACUUCACCAACGAGGUUGGGAUUGAUAUUGGUUCUCUAUACGCUGCCUCCAAGGCAGCUAUGAACAUCAUCGUCGCCAAGUUCAGCGUGCAGUACAAGAGCGACGGCGUGCUCUUCAUGGCUAUCAGCCCGGGAGUCGUGGAGGUGGGCCACUAUUCAGAUAUCACUCCACAAGAGACGGAGGGAUUGAUGGCAUUCGUGGGCAAGCUUGCGGCCUAUGCACCUCAUUUCAAGGGCCCAAUCUCUACGGAGGAAUCCGUUCGGGCGGUCAGUUCGGUCUGGGAGAAGGCCAGCAUCGAGAACGGGGACGGUGGUACAUUUGUCUCGCAUCUUGGAAACAAGCAGUGGGUGUAG